CAACUCAUGUUCCUCCUGGGAAGUUAAAACCGGUGCACCGGAAGCAGGACAAGAGUCAACUUCAUUGCGUCAACACUGGAUAGGAAUGUCAGACAAACUCCCGGGAGUAUGUCAGACACUUAGGAUAGAUUUCAUGAGGAAGAGCAUGAGAAGGACAUUUAGGUCAUUUUGCGGUGGUUAUUUUGGUUUUUACUCAUAAUAAAGCAGUUAUGCCUGACGAUGACGUCAUAAACGCGACCUAGUGUAAUGUUCAAGGCGGCGGAAGAUAAUUUGAAACGAGUCCAAGUUCUUGAGUGUUUUAUCUGCCAAAAGAGAGACUUCAGAAGCCUGCGCAGUGUCCACCGUGGACGCCGCACUCCGAGGAAGCUCUUUCUCCGGCAUGGCGGCUGGCGCUGGCCUCUUGUUUUGUUGACUGUUCGGACGUCGCGGGGACAACAUGCCGGCUACGUCACCGAACGAUGAACCGGAACCCGAAUGGCUGGACAACGCGCAGACAAAUGGCAAGCUUUUCUAUUUGGAGCUGAGCGAGGAAGAAGAGGAGGCGGCGGUCGUCCGAAGCACGCUGGCUCGGAUCUCGGGGAGAAAGCGGCGUGAGUCCCGCAAUCGAGGAGGCGCGAGGGAAGACUCGAUGCCCUGGGUGUCCGCCUUCAAGACGCAGCUCAAGACCGUGUUGGUUUACCUCAACCCCAAACGUCUCGGCGGCUCGGCUGCGCUCCCUCUGCUGGAGUCUUUGCUGGGUGUGCUGCGUCUGCCGUGUCAGCCGGACGGUGCCUCGGUUGGACGGGAGGGAAGACUGACAGUGGACGGGCUGAUUCCCGGCAGCCCAGCAAGCAAGUGCGGCCGUGUCCUCAUUGGCGACGUUCUUGUUGCCGUGGACGACGUGGAGGUGAGCUCUGAGAACAUCGAGCAAGUUCUGGCGUCCGUUUUGGGACCGACUCAGGUGAGGCUGACCUUGGCGACGUCCACCAAUCCGGGCGGCGCCUCCGGACCGGGUUGCCCUGCCAUGGCCUCCGUGCCCGUCGUCCCACCGGUGCGUCCGCUGCCCGGAGAGGACGCAUGCCGGCCGCGGCCGGUCGGCGGCGGCGGCGUCCCGCACGCGGUCAUGUACCUGUCGCUGCAAAUGGACGCCAAGUCGCCGCGGGACGAGGUCCAUCUGGAGGAGGAGAUCUUGUACCAGUACCCUGCGUCGGAGGCGGCCGCGCGGCUCAAAGGCGCCAGGGGAAUCUUCAUGACGCUGUGCGACAUGCUGGACAGUGUCACGGGAGGUCGCGUUGUCAGCUCAACGCUGCUGCUGCCGGACAAGCAUCUGGUGCACGUGGGCUACUGGAAGGAAGGCGAUGCCCUGCUGGUGGUUGGACUUCCUGCUGAAAGGGUUCCUUUGCCGUGCUUGCAGACGCUGGUGGGCGAUGCCGUGCGGACCUUACGAGUCAUGUACGGAUCCUUGGCCAGGGCCUUCGGAAGGACCGAGCACACGCCGCAGCUGGACCGCUUCUUCCGCUUGUUCUUCCUGCGACUCAUGCGGCCGUCCGAUUCCCCCUUGGCUCCGCCCACCGACAACUGCAGGAGCAUCUUCCUCGACGGGCUGCCGGCCCUGCGCUGGCUCGCGCUGCCUGUACGAGUCAAAACAGACGUGGACUCGGUUCUCACUGACCUUGAGGCCUCGGAUUUUGGAGAAAUGUCAGAAGACUUCUUUGGUCUGAGGCGCCUCUACGGGAUCCUGGGCUCUUGUCUCUUCUACAAGUCUCACCUGAUCGCCAACCAUCUCCCCCAAGAGGACCUGCUGGACGCGUGUCUGUACAUGCGGCACCACGACCCGCCGCCUCCCGCCGCGUCCCGGCGCAGCGUGGGCCAGACGCUCGUCUGGCGGGAGGUCUUUCUUCAGCGCUCCCGUCCCGGCCGCCACUUCCUCCUCAUCGUGGCCCUGAGGUGCUGGCGGCUGUGCGUGCUGCUGGAAGCCGGCGGCUGCGCGGCGCAUUACGAUGCGUCUCUGGGACCCGACCGCGUUUAUGUGGACCAGGUGACGGCUGCGCUGCUACGAUUGGAGACCCUGGAGGAGGCCGUCGAAGAACGCCUAAGCGCGGCCGCCGCUCCGCGCUUGUUCUGCGCCGACUGGUUCCCGCAAGCUGGCCUGUCCCAGGCCCGCCUAGACGGGCUGGCUCGGGAGAAGGCCCGAGAUCGGGGUGGCGAGGUCUACGCCGACACCGGCUCGGGUUCUCCUGCCAAGAUGCUGGCCGGGCGACAGGACUCGCCUGAUGCCAGCGGAGGCAUCUUCAAGAUCCAGCGGACGAAGCCCUCGACCCCGUUCCACCUGGGCACGCUCAUGAAGACUCGCAGUCGGAGGGACCCGGACCAAAUGCUGAGCGCCGGCGCCGAAAGCGUCUUGUUCCAUUACGUGCUGGUGGAAACGGUCCGGGGAAUCUUCAUCGCGCCCACGCCGACGGAGGAGGCUCAGCUCGGCGGAUCCAUCCCCCCGUCCCUGAUUGGCAACUUUUACCGCUGCUGCUUGUCCAUUCGGGCGCUGUUCAAAGAGAACACGCCGGAGCAGGACCAGCCGUCGGCAGAGAGGCCUCGGGGCGCGAGCCGCGUCAAAGAGCACGGAGUCCUGUUCCAGCAUGUACCCGAAAACGGGACAAGCUCGAGGAAAGCCGCUCCCACCCUGACUUACUGGGUCAUCGGGCGAUUGCUGCCGGAGCCCGUCCCUCAAGAGGUCUACGUGUGCUUUCAUGACUCGGUGCCGCCGGCUCCCGUGGAGACGGCCUUCAGGCUCUCCUUCGGUUUGGUCACGUGACCUCACGACUGGACCCAAAGAAUUUGGUCGCCAAAACUGGAUCUUGUGCUGAUGGCUUUGGGAUUGGUCGUGAUCGAUCGCUUUGACAUUGGCUUGUUUUUAGAGCUCGUCGUUAUUUUUUUUAAUGCUCUGUUUUGGUAUCAGUUUUUGGGGGAGAUAAAUUGUUGCAUGUUGUGAGUGCGUGUGAAUGGUUGUUGUUUGUCGAUGGGUGUGCCCUGCGACUGGCUGGCGACCUGUUAAGGGCGUAGAAGACGGCUGCGGUCGGCUCCGGCACACCAGCGGCCCUCGUGAGGGGGAGCGGUUCAGAAAUUGAA